CUUGCCAUCUGGGUUUUCAGUGCUACAGAGUCUGGCAGGGCUGCUUCUGUGGAAGAAGCGCUGGGUAAGGAAGAUAUCUUAAAUGAACUCUUCCAGAGGGAGAACCGUGUGCUGCAUUAUUGGACCAUGCGUAAAAGACGUCUCGAUCAAUGCCAACAGUAUGUGGUGUUUGAAAGAAGUGCCAAGCAGCAAACCAAAGAGCGGGUGAAGUUGUUGAUACAGCUGGCUGAUGGCUUUUGUGAAAAAGGGCAUGCUCAUGCAACAGAGAUUAAAAAAUGUGUCACAGCAGUAGAUAAGAGGUACAGAGACUUUUCCCUGCGCAUGGAGAAAUACAGAACCUCUUUGGAGAAAGCUCUGGGUAUUUCCUCUGAUUCCAAUAAGUCGAGCAAAAGCUUGCAGCUGGAUAUAAUCCCAGCCAGUGUCCCUGGUUCAGAGGUGAAACUGCGUGAUGCUGCUCAUGAACUUAACGAAGAAAAACGAAAGUCUGCCCGCAGGAAAGAGUUCAUUAUGGCUGAGCUAAUUCAGACAGAAAAGGCUUACGUAAGAGACCUCCGGGAAUGCAUGGAUACAUAUCUGUGGGAAAUGACAAGCGGAGUCGAGGAGAUCCCAGCUGGUAUUGUAAACAAAGAACACAUUAUCUUUGGAAACAUGCAGGAAAUCUAUGAGUUCCACAAUAAUAUAUUCCUCAAAGAGCUGGAAAAAUAUGAACAGUUACCAGAAGAUGUUGGACACUGCUUCGUUACAUGGGCAGACAAAUUCCAAAUGUACGUUACUUACUGUAAAAAUAAGCCAGAUUCUACCCAGCUGAUAUUAGAACAUGCAGGAGCAUACUUUGAUGAGAUACAACAACGACAUGGACUGGCCAACUCUAUCUCCUCUUACCUUAUCAAACCUGUCCAAAGGAUAACAAAAUAUCAGCUUCUUUUAAAGGAGCUGCUCACGUGCUGUGAAGAAGGUAAGGGUGAGAUUAAGGAUGGCCUGGAGGUGAUGCUUAGUGUGCCAAAGCGAGCCAAUGAUGCCAUGCACCUCAGCAUGCUGGAAGGCUUUGAUGAAAAUAUAGAAUCUCAGGGAGAGCUCAUCCUUCAAGAAUCCUUCCAAGUGUGGGACCCCAAAACUCUAAUUCGAAAGGGAAGAGAGAGGCACCUUUUCCUUUUUGAGAUGUCCUUGGUUUUCAGUAAAGAAGUAAAGGACUCCAGUGGAAGGAGCAAGUACAUUUACAAGAGUAAACUGUUUACUUCUGAACUGGGUGUCACAGAACAUGUAGAGGGAGAUCCCUGCAAGUUUGCUUUAUGGGUUGGAAGGACACCAACUUCAGACAACAAAAUUGUUCUCAAGGCAUCCAGUAUAGAGAAUAAGCAGGACUGGAUCAAACACAUCCGGGAAGUGAUACAAGAAAGGACCAUUCAUCUGAAAGGAGCAUUGAAAGAGCCAAUCCACAUCCCCAAAACUGCACCAACAACAAAACAAAAAGGAAGAAGAGACGGUGAGGACCUGGACAGUCAGGGAGAUGGUAGCAGCCAGCCUGACACUAUUUCAAUUGCCUCACGAACCUCACAGAACACACUAGACAGCGAUAAGUUGUCUGGUGGGUGCGAGCUGACGGUGGUAAUCCAUGACUUCACCGCCUGCAACAGUAAUGAGCUGACAAUCCGCCGUGGGCAGACGGUGGAGGUCCUGGAGAGGCCCCAUGACAAGCCCGACUGGUGUCUGGUUCGAACCACAGAUCGGUCCCCAGCUGCAGAAGGCCUGGUGCCCUGCGGGUCCCUCUGCAUCGCUCACUCACGCAGUAGUAUGGAGAUGGAGGGCAUUUUUAAUCACAAAG